UGUUUCCAAACAUUAUUUCUAAAUAACACUGGAAAUAUUCUCCUGUUUACGGAGAAAUUACUCUAGCAUAUAACUCGAUAUUUGAGUAGACGUAAGAGUAGAUAGUAUCCUAAGUGAACGAUGAGUUCCGUUGAGGGUAAACGGUCCAAAAAGAGGAAAAAUAAGAAAAAUAAACUCGUUGUUGGAAACGCCGCUGCGGCACCGCAGCAACAACAUGGUGAUGAUGAGCAAAAUUCGGCGGAUGAUGUCCUAAAAAGAUUGGUAACAUCGCCGGCUAAACCUGCUACAGGAACUAAUCAGAAGGAUUUGGAGGUGAUUGAGCGUGUGAUGGACGCAGAUGAUGACCAAGAUGAUGGAGAAGGGCCUGCUUUAUUGAAUGGAUCAAAUCCAUACUUGGUCGGAGAGAGAUGUCUGUUAUGCAUGUGUGAGAGGACAAGCUCGCCGCAAGUGUCUGCUGACGAUGAUGAGAAUUCUUCCAGUUUGGGCAUCGUGUCGCAGCAUCCACUUUGGGUGUGUGCUGCUUGUCGGAAGAAAGCCGAAGAUGAUGAAAAGAGAGCCAUUUCUGAAUCAAGACAGUCUGAUAUGGAGCCACCCAGUCUUCCUGAUGAUCUGUCCAACUUGGAACCAACCACUCCUGAGGGAAAUAUGUGCACGUGUCAGGCUUGUACUGAAAGAAGACAAAUUCAAGCAGAGCAUGAAAAAGAGACGCAGCAAUUGCAGCAGUGUUGGGUCGACCUUCGCCAAGGUGUUCGAUCCAUUUACCGUAAUGCAGGGACCAAGAAAACAGAUGAUCAGGACGUCACUUCUAAAGCUUGUAAGGUGGACAUUGAAAAAAUGAAAGAAUUCGUACACAGACUAUGCACACGAGAUGCACACCAGUUAUUUCAACGAUUGGAAUCUCAGGGCCGGGAGUACGUGAUAGAAACCAAAGUGAAACUGUUCAAGCAGUUGACCUCGGGCCACAAGACUCCGCCCCAAGCUAAGGCGUUCGUCGCAUUGAUGUUGGAAGAGUAUUCGUCAUUAUCAUCCGCUGCUAAAAUACUGGCUUCGUUUCUUUCUGAGCUGGAACAGGAACAUCUGAAGCGAUUUAACCUAACGUGGGAAUUGCACAACAAACAUCUAUUCCAAAAUAUUGUCUAUACAGAUUCUCUCGUACAGAGCAGUCUACCAAUGCUCAUGGCACAGCUUCGGCUUGGUGCUGGAAGUAGGGAGGCAUACCACGACGACACAUACCGUUCAUGUCUACAACGCUAUCUUAAGUUUGAUGAUGAAAUGUCUGUGAUAUCGGUUGUUUGGAGGGACUGUCAGCAACUUAUUGACGAGUACAAUGACGAGCAGGCUGCCCUCAAAGCUAGACAGAAAAUGUUAAAAGAUGACUGGGAAUUCUUCAAAGCACAAAAACUUAUUGAACAGCAAGUGUUGAAAAGUACAAAGGUUUCCUGUAAUUCUACUUCCAAAACGCCAAGUCUCGAGGCCAAGUUUACAGAAACGAUGAGACAUCUCCUCCAGGGAACAGCCAAGCAAGCAUCCGAAGAUUGUCACUGCCCCAACUGCAACCGGAAAAGAUGUCCUUGUGAUGAGUGCACAAUAUCUCACAUGAUAACGUGUGGCAUCUUGACGCCCGAGAUGACAGAAAACAUGACGUUGUCUCAUCAGCCGAUGUUCACGCAUGAUCCGUCGCGGUACGUGAUCGACGUCAACCCUCCAUCCAUGUCCAGUACCAGCUCCAGUAGUGGCUCAUCCAGCCCGAGUCCUAGUCCCAUAGACCGAAAAAGUCUGGCAUUGCCAUUUGAAGAUUCCAUUGAUAACUUUGAUGCUGAUGACAAUGAAUUUGAUGACAUUGAAGACUCUGACGAUGACAGCUUUCCCAGUCAUCUCCUGAAGAGAGUGGAGCUCGAGUCCGAGGAUGCGUUAGACUCUGUGAAGACCAGUACGAGCAGCAGUCCUGUGCCAGCCCCUACUGCUCCCAAGUGUGACUGCAGUCACUGUUCAGCUCAGGAACAAACAGAUCAGUUGAAGUCCUUGGAGAACACGUGCCAGUGUGACGCUUGUUCACAGCAGACGGGAAAGGCUGUCCCGAUGACCCUACCACAACACAUGCCAGCGAUGCCGCGACCUGCUGCCCUUCAUCUCUAUCCUCAUAUUCACGGCUCAAACACGUUACACAGUCUUCAUGCGGGUCACGUCGGUCACGUGCGGCCAUUUCUACAUCCUCACUUAUACGAUCUUCAUGUCCCCAUGAAACAACCAAAGUCACGCUUACAAUCUCAAAAGAAACGCAAUGCAAGUUUUGAUGUGGACUUACCCGAUUCGAUACUUCAGGAUGUUUAUACCUACGGAGAAUGGGACACGUCACCGUCAUUCGAAAGUUCGAUAAAGCAGACUUUUGGUACAAAAUAUAACGGUACAUUUGCGAGUGAACUUUUCAAUAUGCCGCCACCUCCGUUACUGAAUGGCAGUUCGUUCAUGAACGAUAUAUCCCUCAGCGAAACGCUGCCGAAAACGUCGGUGAAAAUGUCAGUCAGUGUUCCUGUCUCUAGCCAUGCCACCUCAGUCACGAAGACCUCCAGUACUGCGACGACGUCAGUGGAUUCAUCAGUCCCAGAUUGUUUCAAGAAUCUCUCGCCCAUAAAUCGUACUCUUCUCAGUCAGACCACGUUUGCUUGCCGGCCGGCCCAGUCGUCCGCAGCGACCACCGCACUGGAUACCUCAAUGUUAAAUAGCGACCAUUGCACAAAACAUAAUCCAUUCUUUCACAAUCACAACAAUGCUUAUUCUGGGGCUAGCACCAGUCAGACAACGACUACCACCCUGUCUCCAGCUGCACUCGCACAAACCCAUGGGUUACAACUCAAAUUCAUCAAUGCCGCCAAGGAAGGAAUGAGUAAAACUUAUGCUCAUAGUGCCAACAUAAGCCUUCCGAGGGGUUGUACGAACCCAUUUUCAAGUUGUAACAAUCUCAACCAGCUCUCGGGUCGUGUCUACCAGACAAACCCGGUACUCGACCCAAACACUGGCACGUGUGCAAGCUCCGUUUCCAUGCCUACAAGUGUCAAUAAUGUUGCCGUGGGUAACUCAACAGUUUGCACAGACCACGAUUGUGACGGUCAUAACGAGGAAACGUACGACAGCAUAGACGAUAGUUGUUCGGAGCAGAGUUCCUCGACGUCGAACUCGAAUCAGAAGGAUGGCAAGUACUGUGAUUGCUGCUACUGUGAGCUGCUGGGUCAUGGAAGUCCUACUGGAGCACCAGCGAAUAGAAAUUCGUCGGAGAUCAGAGAAAGGUUACGGCUCAGGCUCAAACGAAAGAAUGAAACAAAGCAUGAAUCUCCCUCUAGCGAGGGUCAUCGGACCCACAUCCUGCCACCGCCCAUCCACCGCCAUGUCCCAGUCACCUGUUCUGCAUCCUCAUCGCCCAUGAACCACGAACCGAUUGGAACCAAAGGUCUCGACGAGUUGAUCAAGUUUAUUAAUGGCGAGGACAGUGGGAAGGCCAUGAGCUCGAAGGCAGCCAAACGAGCCAGGCAGAAACAGAGGAAGCUUGAGGAAAGAAAGCGGAAGGAAGAAGCACGAAAGAAAGAAAAUCUAAGUCCCUGCCAGCGACUAUCAGCAUGUACUAAUGCCACUGCUGACCUUCCGGAGACGUUGUGUAAAAACAGCCAAGCGUCGGAAGAGUCGCCACACUUGGAAAGGCCAAGUAGAUGUUCAGCAUACAACCAUCACUCCUCAGUUAUGCCCAUGGAUGAAAGCUCGGGUCCACAGACAGAGAACGUGCAACAAAAACAUUCGCUCAGUAAGAACUGUGUCAUGGUCAUGGGCGGAAGAAAAUAUGAGUGUCAGUUGCGUGAGAAUCAGAACAGUCCCGAACCUCAGAGUCAUUCGAAAAAGAUAAGGAAGAAAAAUAACUCGAAUGGAGUGGAUACUGCUUUAAGUUGUGAGUCCGGCAAAGACGAUUCAGUGAAUGUAACGGAAAAUUGUCUAAAAAAUGGUGGUGAAUCUCGAGUUGGGGAUCUUUCUGGCGUAAAACCAGCUCUGAUGAAUCUACAGGAGACCUGGUCACAGGAGGCUUCGUUAAAGAAGAAGAAAGGCAAAGGCAAGAGCGUGAAUGAAAAGUCAUCCAGUAAGAAUGAGAUGCUAGAUAGUCCUACGUUCACGGACUAUUUGCAAUUGAAGGAGAUUAUGUCGAAUAAAAUGCACGUCAUGGAGAACAUUUCGCCGAAUCAUCAGCACCAUAACAAAGGUGGAGAUGGUGCGAACGAGACGGUCAUUUACCAGCGGCCCCAACUUCAGAACCCAAAGGCAAAGUCCACAAACGUCAGUGAAGAUCUGCGUAAUGUUAAGAAUCAUUACGAAGGGAAGCAUCCACAAAACGGGCACCUUGCGAACAAUCAGGAGAGAUCAUUGAGUGAGUUCCUUCAGAAGUGUACGAAACGGAAAAAUAAGAAAGAUUCGUCGGCGAACGGCAGCCCUACGCAUCCUGUCAGUCAGAAAACGGCGCGGAACGAACCUGAGGUGAAUACGAAUCGCAAGGCGAAUGCCCCAGCUCAUCAGGGCGUGCGGAGCGCAUUGACCAACCAGACAAACCAUACUCUGUCGCCUCGCGCUGAUGGGAAAAAUGUGAGCCCGCCUCGCGAAGAUUGUCCCAAGUCUCCUCGUGGAAAAGGCAAGCCGGAACAGAAUUCUGAUCGCCGGUCUAAGAACAAAAAGAAGAAGAAUAAGGGACAAGAUGACAACAGCUUUAUUGAUGACGUAUUCCUACCAAAGCAAGAUAAGGAUUUGGAACAUGGUGACAUGGAUGAAGUGGAGAGAGAGCUAGAGGAAUUCAAAAGGUUCUGCUUGGACAGUACGCCCGCAAGACCACGCGAAAAAAUCCCAGUCAAUGUCAACUUGAAGGACAUAUUCUCAAAAAAGAAGUAAUUGUACGAAAAACAAGGCUCAUUCAGCCAUGGAUGGAUACGAGAAGGAUUUUUCUGGAAAUGUCUGAUCAUGAAAAGUCAUACUAGUGCUACUUUCCUACUUUAGAUUGUGCGAAACAUUCAGUCUUUCAUCUCUCAUCUCUUCAAGCUGUUUGCAAACCGAAAAAUUUGGAGUAGCUAUGAAAAUUUUGCACCUUUAAUUUAAGCACAAGUUUGGAUGAUUCAAAAAUACACCCUAGAUUGUGAUGUAUUCAAGAGACAAUUUUAUACUGACACCAGCAUAUCUGUUGUAACCAUGAUUGCUUAGUUAUCUGUUGGUCUUCGUGUACAUUUCAUAACAAACUUAUAAAAUGUGCUAAAUACCAAUAAAUCAAUAAGUUGAAAUCGACACUGUGCUAGCAAACUUGAAAUCUGAUGUAUCCGCAACCUGUGGUUCUACACCAUGUGGUUCUACACCAUGUGUCUCAUUGAAAUAAGUAUAGUAGAACCUCUCUAUUGAGGACACACUGGGGACUGACAAGUGCUGUCCUUAAUAGAGAGGUGUCCUGAUUAGAGAGGUCAAAUUGAAUGGAAACAACCAAUUCGGGACCAAAAAAAGUGUCCUCAAUAUAGAGGGUGUCCUUAAUAGAGAGGUGUCCGCUAAGGGAGGUUCUACUGUAUAUUGGCCGAUCAUGCUUCAAAAUAUACCUCUUAAGGGUUGGCUACAGGUACAUGUACCACCAUUUUGGCUAGAACCUGAAGUCUAAAACUAAGCCAUUGAAUCUCUUUCAUAACAAAAUGAAUGGCAAUUUCAAGGUUGGGAAGUUGUUCUCUGUUUCCUAGAGAAUAGCCUCCCAGGUUUUAAUUCAGCAUUCACUUCAAUUCUAACUGAUUUUGAAUUCAGGUUCCAGCCAAAACGGUGGUACCUAUUGCCAACCCCAAAACAGUGAGCUUUUGUCUGAUUUCGAAAAUUUGAAGUUCUGCAGAGAGCUCAGGUUUUUAGAUCUUCUCAUUUCUGCUGUCAAAUGAACCUUUAGGAGGAAGAUAAACGAAAAUACUCCAAAUACACAGAAAUGUCUCGUGGCUUUAAUCGGACCAUUUAAUGUUUUUGUUUAUGUUUUAAGUUCGAUUUUGAGUUGACACCAUGUCCUACAUUAAUUUGUUACUUUAAGCCAGUUCUCUUGACAGUGAUGAAAAAAGACUUGUACAUUGCGCACAAAAGAUUUUGGCCAAGAUUUAAGUUAACCUGUUGUGAUUUGACUCGGUCAUCAGUACAGACGGUCGGCUGGUGUUAAAUUGAAUUAAAGUACAUGUAAAUGCCUGAUUCUUCAAUACAAGCUAUGUCACUAACGCUGGCAUUAACUUAGAGUGAUUCAACCAUUCUCUUGACAUAACAGAGAGUGGCCCAGAACUGGUGGUUACACGCUGGCCUCCUGGCGGGAGCUUAUACGUAGGGACAACGUAUAUAACAGAAGUUGGUCGUUGAUUUUCAAACAUUGAAUAUUUUAUUGAAUUAAAUCUGCUUGUCCAUACUAAUAAUCAAAUUUGUGUACAUGUAAUUUAUGACUGAAACAGACAACUCCUAUAAAAAACUAAUUGUUAGAAAUGUUUUUGCGUCGUAAAAACACUAAAACUUAUUCUUUGCCGAAGAAACUGCCAUUCCAAAAUUCUGGUCAAGGAUUGCAAAAUAAAAUUGUUCCGAAUUAGGCCCUGUCAGCGGCCACCUCAGCGCCACCACGCGGGGCCUAAUGGUAUUAGGCUAGCGUUAAUUUGACGUAUUCUCCUUCAGUUUAGUCCAUUAGACAUAACACCAGUAUGAGUUAACGCCAGCAUCAGUGACAAAACUUGAUUUGAACAACUGGGCCCUGUUGUGUAAUGGACCAAUUUGGCAAGCGAAAUGGAAGAUGGCCUCAUGAAUAAUAACCAAAUGUGCUCUAAAGCGAAAGUUGACGAGGCAAACUCCCCGAUUAUGUCUGUAAAUUGAUUGUAGGUUGAACUUAGUUUUUGAUUUGAAAUGAUCUAUGCAAGAGGUCUUGCAUCAUGUGCUGAUAAAAAAUGUAUUACACACAUUUAGAGUUGUUCAAAAGUGAAUUUCUGGAUGUUUGCUAAUACAGUUGUGCUUUCUGUGUUGACCGCUUUUGAAAGUGACUAAGAGCAGAUCUGCGGUAAAUUGUUCUAAUAUUUGUGUGACUGUGUUGAUUUUAGUAUAGCACAAAAUUUGUGGAGUGUACCAAGUAAAAAGUUGGGCUUGAGGGAAAAUUGACCAAACUGAUGCCGACUGGAAGUUGAAAGCAGGUACAUGUGUACAACUGAACCAAUCUUGGACUUGGACCUAAGCGUGAUGCACAAUUUGGAACCACUUAUGCAUCAAGUCAGAGAUGUCCAAAGUGUGAUAUCAAUUUACAUAUGUACAUGUAAAUUGAUAUCACACUUUGGACAUCUCUGACUUGUUGUGGGUCCUUCAGGUUCAAAGAAAGUUUAAUAUAAAAGUGCAAGGAUCACCUUCUGAACUUCUCUGGCCAAGCAGUACAGUUGGUACCCAAGGUGUGCAAUGGGCCGUUAUCACUGGACAAUCCUUUACCCCAACUGCCUGGGUUCAUUCAGGUUGGGUGACUGGUCCGCUCUGAAUGUAUUUCCUCUAUACUUUGAUGUAGUCCUCUGUAAUCUAUUCACGGUCAUGUAUUUUUGGGUUCAGGCCAGUUUGGCCAAGUAUUAUCAUACAUCAUAUGAGGUUAGACUGUUGAAUCUGUCGUGGUGUUCAAACCAUCUGGUUUGAACCGGAUUAAUAUUUCCCCAUUGUAAGCAGUAAAAAUUGUAAUGUCCACGUCAAAAUUUGUUUGAUUGCUGUAGUAUCUUAUGUCGGACCCCCCCCCAUCCAUUACCUGUAUAAUGUUCGCAGAAAGCACUAUGUUUCUACACAAUACAUUUUGUGAUCCAACUUUUUAUUACUUUUAUAUAACUAUGCAAGAUCUUUUUGGUCUGUGUGUAUCAAUGAUGAAUGUCUCUGCUGGUGUUGAAGGGGUAUUUGAUCUGUGUCGAACCCCCUUGUAUGUUUUUCUUGUACAGUUCUUGCAUUGCAACUUGAAUAGUUUGCUGUUUAAUGCCUGUAUUUUAGUCUGUAUGCCACUAUUAAAAAUUA